GUCUUCAACAACUGUAUUAUACUGCAUAGCCUACUUUUGAAAUUCACAAGACAAAAAAAAAUAAUGAAGUCUCCAAAGCUGAAGUCCCAAAGCAAACGCAAUUUUCUUGAGGAGAAGGAUGACCUGUCUGACGUUCUGGGUGAGUUCGACGCAGUGAUCGAAGAUUUCUCGUCCCCAGUGGAAAACAGACACUUCCGCUACGACGAGCAUCUGAAGACCAUGAAGAGACGGAGCAGUGCGAGCGUCAGUGACAGCGGCUUCAGCGACUCCGAAAGUGCUGAGUCCCUCACCAGAAACAGCUUCAGUUUCAGUGACGAGAGACUGAACUCUCCGACUGUCUUCUCCCCGCCACCCACCUCCCCACCACCUCUCACAUCACCGAAAGCCAAACUGGGAGACACUAAAGAACUAGAGGAUUUCAUUGCUGACCUUGACAAGACAUUAGCAAGCAUGUGAUAUGAAGCUCAAGAAACCUGUGGAGAGUUGCCAUCGAGAGGGGACACCCUGCCCAGAUACCAGUCGCUCCCCCUAACACACACGCGCAUGCACACACACACACACACACACACCAGGAGUGCUGUGAAUGUGGCCGAGUGACAGCCCUGGUAAUCAUCAGCCAUGCUGGACGACUUCAUCUCAAGGCUUUGUGCCAACAGUUUUAAAACAAUGUAUUUUCCUUGCCUCUUUUCCUUCUCCUCACUGCUCUAAAUCAAUCUGGAUGAGGUGUCUGUUCGUGACUCAUUUAAAUAUCUAUAUUAUAUGCAUAGACGAGUUUAUAAGAUAUAAUAAUUCAGUGAAGACAGACAACCAGUUGAUAAUAUAUGAGGUCAGACUACAGAACAACUUUAUAAGAUAUUAGAGGUCAUGAAGAAGAAGGGAGUAGAUCAGAAAGGAGAAAAGAAAAGGUAUUUGAAAUUACUGCCACACUGUAAGAAAGACACCAUCUCAUUUAGGCUCUGCGUCCUCUAUAAAAAACUUGAGCUAAGAGUAUUUAAGAAAUGGCUUUUUAUAUUAGAAGUAUAUUUGUAAUUUUAUAAAGCUGGUUAUUGUACAUUUAUCAAUAAUACUUUUUUGUGAAAUAUAUUUUUUUAUCUAUGUGUAAAUAAUAAUUGUUUCAGAUUAUAUUGCCUCUGUAUUAAAACGCUUAUAUGAUGAGUUUAAGGUUAGGCACUCGAGCUGAGAGGUUUUGAUGCUUCUAACAAAUGUGAACUAAAAUCUGAAUUAACUCUGCAAACUGGAAUGCUACCAAAUAUAUUUAAAGCUAAUGUCUACUCUCUAUCAGAGAUCACAUAAAAAUUAUUGUUCUU